AUAGAUAGGUUGAAAUUUCCUGUACUUUCAAUCUUUUCAAACUAUAACUUCAACUUUACCUCAAGAUGUCAGAACCUGAUUACGAUCCAGAAGAUUUAUCUUUCACCGAUGGUGUUAAUGAACUUCGAAGAGUUUGUGGUGGUACUUUAGAAGCUUUAGUGAUCACUCUUACUUCUCAUGAAAGGCCCGAUGUUCAUUACUUAAGAAUCUUUUUAAUGACUUAUCGUACAUUUACGACUUCAAGAGAAUUACUUGAAUUCCUUAUUCAUCGUUAUCAUAACCAACCACCUCCUGGAUUAAAAGCAGCUGAUUUGAAAAUUUGGUUUACACAAAAACAACGAGUGAUUAAGAUUCGGGUCACCAAUGUGAUCAGAACUUGGAUCGAAUCUCAUUUGUCUAACGAAGACGCUAAAUACAUCUUACCGAAAGUAAUCCAAUUUGCUGCUCGGGAUAUGGUGGAUACAACUUUAUCUAAAGGAGUGACUAUAAGUUGUGAGAAACGAAAAUUGAGAGGACAUUUACCACAUUUGAUGAUCGCCAAUCCACCUGGUGAUCCACCAAUCGUCAUCAUACCUCGAAACAAACGUUACCUCGAAGUGAUUGAUAUAGAUCCACUAGAAUUAGCCAGACAAUUAACCUUAUUAGAAUCUAAUCUGUUUCGUCAAAUAGCCGUACCGGAAUGUUUGGCAAAGGUUUGGCAAAAUAAAGAAGUGGAUAUGUCUAAUCUUACGAGAUUGAUUGAUAUGAAUAAUUCAGUCACUCAUUGGGUGGGUAAGACUAUCCUGGAUCAAAGUGAAACUAAAAAACGUGCCAAUGUUAUUAAACAUUUCAUAGCCACAGCCGAAAGAUGUCAUCAAUUAAGGAAUUUUUCAACUGUAAUUCAAAUCGUUGCUGGAUUAACCAUGACACCAGUUUUUCGUUUAAGAAGUACUUGGGAAAAGAUUUCUCAAAAGAAUUUGUCUGUUUUAAGUGAUCUUGGUACACUUAUGAGUCCAACUAAAAAUUAUAUUGCUUAUCGUGAUAUGAUGAAAACUAUUUCACCACCUUGUGUUCCAUUUAUUGGUGUAUAUCUUACAGAUCUAACGUUUAUAGGUGAUGGAAAUCCUGACAAUCUAAAAGAAAAACCUCAUCAAAUCAAUUUUGAUAAAAGACGUAAAUCAGCAGAAGUGAUGAUCGAAAUGCAAUCGAUUCAAUCAAUGCCUUAUCAUUUAAUUUCAGUUCAAUCUAUCUUAGAUUUUUUAAAAAUCUCAUUUGAAAACUUACCAAACGAAAAAGGUUUGUAUAGUAUGAGUUUAGGUAUCGAACCUAGAGAAAAAGCAGAUGAAAAGGUCGCUAAACUUUUAUCUGAGUCUGGGUUUAUUUAAUUGACUCUUUGGGUGUAAGCCGGAAGAACUUACAAGAACAUCAACACUCGGAAGUCGUGCAUACUUUCCAUCAAUUACUUCAUUAAAGCUUCUCAUUCUUCUCCACUCUCUACUGAUUUUUUUUGUUCACAUUUUCAAUUACAUGUACCACAAUUUUGUCUUCAUAUCAUAUCAUUUACUUCUGAUCUCCUUUCUGGAAUAUUUCCCUUAAUCAGAUUGUUUCACUGAUUAUACCCUCAAGGUUUUAUUAUGGUUUGCAUGUAUUUGUAUUAUGAAUCUGUUGUAUUUUUUGAUCAUCAAAUCAAGGAUUUUUUACAUAUAUAAAUUAAAGUUUGUUUCAUUUUUUUUAUUCACAAUUUUACAUAGAUAUGCAAGCCAUGAGGAAGUGAAGUUGGUGCAU